GAACACACGCAAUUGAAAUUGUGAGAAGACAAUGGCUUCUAAGGAACUUUUAUGUCUUCUUUUCGUCUGUUUCUUUGCCUUGGGAGGUACUACCUACUGUAACUACGACAGUGAUUGUUCCAUUGAUAAGAAAUGUUGUGCCUAUAAUGUUUGCAGACGGCAAUGUUCUACCUGUUCGUAUGACUACCAAUGUGGAUCGAACAAACAAUGUUGUAAUAGCAUAUGUAUCAGUAGUUUCUCUUCUUGUUCCUGUUCGUACGACAACCAAUGUGGAUGGGGCAAGAAAUGCUGUAAUAAAAAAUGCAUUAGUAGUUCGUCUUCUUGUUCCUGUUCAUACGACCACCAAUGUGACAGUGGCGAGCAAUGCUGUAAUAGCAAAUGCAUCAGUAAAUCGUCUUCUUGUUCCUGCACGUACGACUACGAAUGUGACAUUGGAGAGGAUUGUUGUGAGGGAGUUUGUUCCUCAUACUGUGGUUGGAGCGGUGGAGCUAUUGCAGGCGCUUUUAUCGGCACGAUUAUCUUCUUGGCCAUCAUCAUUUCCAUCGUAUCCUGCUGCUGCUGUGCUUGUUGUCCGUACUACCGCUAUCGUACACCCGGUACUGUGGUCGUCACCGGCCAACCGCAACAACAAAUGGUCUCAACCCACAUGAUGACGACGCAACAAGUACAUGCUCCUCCGCCGUUGAACUACAUCCCGCCUUCUCCAGAUGGAUACAACCAGCCUCCUCCAACAGGUUACAGCCAGUCUCCUCCAGCUGGUUACCACAAGCAUCCUCCAGGUUUCAAUCAGGCUCCUCCGCCUCACUCAAGCUGUCCACCACUAACAAACUAAUAUGCUCCAGCGCCUGGGAUAAGCGAAAGCGGCGCCGAUGCCAGCAGCAGUAAACACCGAACAACCGAACGAGAUGUAAUUAUAGUAACUUGCAAGGGAACUUCUCCAAGCACAUCACUGUUCCGGUGAAAUAAUAAGUACUUUUGGUUUAUAGUUUCCAUUUACAUGGAUAUAAACGUAGUCAAGUUACUAAAUGUUAUCCGUGUAUUUUUUUUUAAGGAUAGUUUUAAAGAUUUAAGUUAGGGAAUAGGUUCUCUCAUCUUAAAUUAUCUUAUACUAAUCUUAGCCGGCAUGAUCUGCACGCCAUACAUUUGCAAAUUUGACCAUCUAUUUCGCCUUUGAGGUUCAAAAAAAAAACAAAAGCUAGAGACAGAUUUCUUCUGGAGAGAGAUGAGUCUGGUUAUUUGCAUUAAUUUUCCAUGAUGAAUAUUGUAUUCUUAGAAAUGUAGUUACACUUUUAGUGUCAUAUUAAACCCAUCUGGCUGUAUUUAACCCAGUCUAUGCUUCAGUCGACAGUUUUCAAGGCACUUAUGAAAUUUUCAAGAUUGCCAAUGUCGAUCGUGUCGUAUAGCGGUUAAAUGGAUAAUCUUUGUAGUAAGGUCUAGUUUUUUAUGCAGGUAACCGGUUCGCAAGUGAAUUUUACAUCAGAUAUUCCGAACUUUUUCUUUGCGCUUGUAAACAUGACUUAUAUUUGAUCUCAGCGAUUUGUUGAGAAAUUGGCGUUUGGGCGAUUUACUUUCAUCAACACUGACGAGAUCUUUCGAGAGACCAACCGGGUGAAAACAUACGUACACGGUUACAUUUUUUGCUUUCAGUAUUAAACCUAAUCAUGCAAUUGUCGGAAAGCUUUUUUACGAUGAAACCUGAUGAGGGAGACAUUAAUCAGCUAAAAGAAACCGGCUAAAUCACGAAUUUUUCCUGCCGUAUUAUUCUAAAAGGACGUUGUAGUAGGCGGACAUCUUCAUCAUAUUAGUAGAUGCAGACACAAUUUGAAAUUAACAUUCAAGUUGGGCUUUGUGAGACCCUAAACCUGCUAGAAGCAGAUGGUUUUAUUAAGUUGGGUUGGCAAUGAAGA